AUGGGGCAGAUGAAGAUUUAUCUUCUUGUAUUCUGGGCAAUGCCUGUCCUGACCAUUGCUGAAAAGGAUGACAUAGGCUCAUUAAAAGAGUGUGAGGAUGCUCCCUUCAUUCCAGGACACAAUCUCGCUGGAGAGGGAUUUGAUGUUGUGACCAUGCAGCGUAAAGGUUCUUAUGUGAUCAACAUGGAAAAAUGGGAUGUAGGAAAGGGCACUUGUAAAUUGCAAAGCAACAAGUACAUGGGUGGAAUAAAACAGAAGCUACCAGCAGCAGUUGUGUUCUGGAGGACCUUGCCAAAGUGUUCAAUGAAAGUCUCCAGUCAGAUCUUUGAAUCAAGUGAAGCUCUGGUCAAUGAUUCAUCAUCAGCACUGGAUGCCAGCUGGAAAGUUGGUUUAGAUAUGAAGACAUAUGGGGCUGCUGUUGGAAGCACUCAUUCCAGGGAAGCAAAAUUUGCAAUGACUAAAUCUAAAAAAGACAAAUACAGUUUCACCAAACAUGAAGUUUCAUGCCGUUUUUACAGAUAUCGUGUCGCUCAAAAACCUCCUCUUCAUGCAGAGUUUCUUGAAGCAAUCAAAUCACUUCCUGCAUCCUACGACCCAGACGCCUACCGCAACCUGAUCAGCACAUAUGGCACUCACUAUACCACAGGUGUCAACUUAGGAGGGAAAAUGAAAGCCAUAACAGCCAUCAAAAGCUGUCAGGCAGCAGUGAGUGGACUUACAGACACUGCAGUGAAGGACUGUUUGGAUGUAGAAGCCUCUCGUUCAUACAGUGCAGCAACUGUGAGGGCAAAGUCACAUUUUUGUCAAAACCAAAAAAGGAAGAUGCAUACAAAUGAAAAGUUCAGCUCCAUGUUCAGUGAGCGUCAGACAGAGAUUAUCGGAGGAGACAUAAAUGGAGAAGAUCUGCUUUUUUCUGGUUCAUCACACGCACAUUCCCUUAAAAAAUGGGUCGAAUCUUUGAAGAGUCUCCCUGACAUUGUGCAUUACUCUCUGAAACCUCUUCACUUCUUACUGAGUGCUAAACACCCUGCAAGAAAAGGACUGAAGAAAGCUGUUGAAGAAUACAUCGUUCAAAAUGCCCUUAUGAAGGUUUGCUCUGAGCCUUGCAAGAUUGGCAGGAAGUGCAGUGCAAGAGACAGAUGUACUUGUGUUUGUCAAAGUAGUCCAAUUAUAAAGUCUAACUGCUGUCCACCUGAAAAAGGACUUGCCACCCUGAAAGUCUACAAUCUCAGAGCCAAAGGUCUGCACGGAGAUACAUUUACACAAACAGAUGGCAAUGUAAAUGUUGUGUAUGAAAGAAAAACUAGGCACACUAAAACCAUUGAUAAUAAUGACAAUCCACGCUGGCCAGAAACAUUUGACUUUGGUCCUAUUAAAAUCAGAAUGGCUAAUAAACUCAGUUUUAAAGUAUAUGAUGCAGACAGCGCCUGGAACAGUGAUCUUCUUGGUGAAUGCUCUUUUGAUCUUAAAAGUGGAGUUGUGACUGAUGCUUGUGUUUUUAAAUAUGGCACCUUUUUUUUUACCUACGAAGUGAAAUGUGCUCCCAGUCUGCAGGGCCCUCGGUGUGAUCAACACAAAUCUUCUCCGAUGGCUGCCAGUCUGGCUGAUAUUUUCAGCUCAAGAAAUGGUGUUCUGGUUAAAGAUCUGCUGAGGCUUGAAUUGGCUCGUAAUAACUCUGAUGAAUUCAAUUUCAAGAGUAAUUUUGAAAAGUUGAUGAUGCUUUGAUCUGAAUAUUAAAUCCCUUCUGAAUGCAUUAAGCCUAACUGCACUUUCAUCUGCUUCAAAAAAAGUAUAUCUCGAGGGGUGAGAACCAGAAGAGUGUAAGUCACAUUUUGGGUGAAAUGGAGAUAUAUAUAUAUAUAUACACACUUUUUGCU